UCAUUUCCAUCACCGCAUAACAUGAACAUCUUCUCUUCUCCGAAUCUUCCCGAAAAAGAAAUUCCAUUUUCUAAGUUUCUAAGUUUCGAAUUCGUUUAUAUAAAUUCCUUUCUGUUUAUUCAUAGAAUUAGAAGAGAGAGAAACUAUGGAAAAUAAUGGAGGAAAAAUGGCAGUUGUUGAUCGGAGAAUAGAAGCAUUAGGAAAUCUUAGAGUUCUUCCUGAUGAAGUCAUCUGUGAAAUUAUCAGCUCUCUCUCUCCUCCUGAUGUUGCUCGAUUGUCUUGUGUUAGCAGUGUAAUGUACAUAUUCUGCAAUGAAGAACCUCUUUGGAUGAGUCUAUGCUUAAAAGAAGGGAGUGCUCUUCUUGAAUAUAAAGGGUCAUGGAAGAAAACAACCCUGCAACGGGAUGAAGCAAUACAUGGAAGUGAAGCACCUCAUAGGAAGCCAUUGCAUUUUGAUGGAUUCUACUCAUUAUUCCUAUACAAGAGAUUGUACCGAUGUCAUACCUCAUUGGGUGGGUUCUCAAAUGAUAAUGGAAAUGUGGAAAGAAAAGCCAACAUUUCUGUGGAGGACUUCCGCAACAACUAUGAUGGAAAGAAGCCAGUUAUGCUUGCUGGUUUAGCUGAUAUGUGGCCUGCAAGAAAGAAAUGGACGUUGGACCAAUUAAUGCUUGAUUAUGGGGACACAACUUUUAGAAUGUCUCAAAGGAGUCCUCGGAAAAUCAAAAUGAGAUUCAAGGAUUAUGUCUCAUACAUGACACUUCAACAUGAUGAGGAUCCCCUGUAUAUAUUUGAUGAUAAGUUUGGAGAAGUGGCACCGACUCUGCUGAAGGAUUAUACUGUGCCUCAUCUAUUUCAAGAAGACUUCUUCGACGUUUUGAACGCAGAUCAGCGUCCACCAUUCAGGUGGCUCAUCAUAGGACCAGAGAGGUCUGGAGCUUCCUGGCAUGUUGAUCCAGCUCUUACUAGUGCUUGGAACACUCUUUUAUGUGGUCGUAAGAGGUGGGCAUUAUAUCCUCCUGGUAGAGUACCUUUAGGUGUUACUGUGCACGUAAAUGAAGAGGACGGUGAUGUGAAUAUCGAGACCCCAUCAUCUUUACAGUGGUGGCUUGAAUUUUAUCCACUCCUGCCUAGUGAAGACAAGCCUAUAGAGUGUACUCAAUUGCCCGGUGAAACAAUAUAUGUCCCAAGUGGAUGGUGGCACUGUGUGCUGAAUCUGGAACCUACGGUUGCAGUUACACAAAAUUUUGUGAAUACCACAAAUUUUGAGUAUGUAUGUCUGGAUAUGGCUCCAGGUCACCGUCAUAAAGGAGUUUGUCGUGCUGGAUUUCUUGCUCUUGGUGAUGGCAAAUUGGAAGAUGCAGAUGAGUUCACAUCUUGGGCUAGAAGUUGUUCGAGUGCAAGAGAUGGGCCAAGGAAAGAAGAAGAAAUCAGAACAAACCAUGCAUGCCAUGAAGGCGCUAGUAGCAAUGCUGCUAACUGCUGUGAUGCAGGCAAUCAUGAGCUUCCAUAUGAUAUAAAUUUCUUAUCAAAAUUUUUGGAUGAGGAAAGAGAUCAUUACAACUCCAUGUGGAGCUCUUCUAACUGCAUCGGACAGAGAGAGAUGAGAGAAUGGUUAUGGAGGCUUUGGAUUGGAAGACCAGGGUUGAGGGACUUGAUAUGGAAGGGAGCGUGUCUUUCUAUCAAUGCAGGGAAAUGGCUAGAAUGUGUUGGACAGGUUUGCAGGUAUCACAAUUUGCCUUCUCCCAAAGAUGAUGAAAAAUUGCCUGUAGGCACGGGCAGCAAUCCUGUUUAUUUGAUUGAGGAGAACGUAAUCAAAAUCUAUGUGGAAGGAGGGCUGGAAUCUUCACUAUAUUGUUUGGGCACUGAGCUUGAGUUUUACAAUCUACUACAACAAGUGAAAUCCCCUUUGGAGGAGCAUGUUCCUGAUGUUUUGGCCAGUGGUUUUAUAUCUUUUGAUAAUGGAUCUUACACUGUUGUACCUUGGGAUGGUAAAGGAGUGCCAGAUGUGGUAGCUGAUUACAAUCCGAUGAACAAAAACUGUGAAGGUCACGGCAGUUCUUUUGGUUUAUGGAGCAAAAACUUGUUUAAUUACAAAAACGCACUGUGUCCUGCUGAAAUUACCAACUCAUCUGGAAGCAAGAGCAUCUGGCCUUACAUUGUGACAAAAAGAUGCAAAGGGAAAAUUUUUGCUGAGCUAAGGGACUCACUGUCUUGGGAAAAUGCUCUGGAUUUGGCUUCCUUUUUAGGGGAGCAGCUACGUAACCUUUACAUAUUGCCCCUUCCUCAGCUUGACAACUUAAAUAUAGCAAAUUUCAGAAAGGAACUUGACGUGGCUCCCAGUACUAAUCUUAUGGAAACUGACUCUCUUGAUUCUGGUGACGCUGCAGUCUGGGAGAUAUUUCUCCAAAGCCUCAAUAUUAGAAAAAAGGAUAUUGUGAGCCACUUGAGAAAAUGGGGAGAUCCUAUACCAGGUAAUCUAAUUGAGAAAGUUGUUGAGUACCUCCCCGAUGAUAUGACGAAGUUACUUUCUGUGUUCAAGGGAGAAACUUGUUCCUGGAUACAUUCAGAUAUUAUGGAUGACAACAUUUAUUUAGAGCCCCAGAGUACCAUCUUUUUCCAUGACCAAGCGGACACUCUAUCUGGAAAUGGCAUCAUGAAGAAUGGAGAAGCACAGAUGUGGAAACCUUCUCAUAUUCUGGACUUCAGUGAUCUAUCUAUUGGUGAUCCUAUUCUUGAUGUGAUCCCUAUUCAUCUAGAUAUCUUUAGAGGAGACACACGCUUACUGAAGCAGCUUCUGUCGAGGUCUAAACUUCCAUUGCUGAAAAAAGAGCCACGAAAUAAUACUACUGAAGAGGUCAUGAAGUUUCAGCGAGCCUCAUACCGUGCAAUGUGCUACUGUAUUCUGCACGAGGAGAAUGUUCUAGGAGCUAUUUUCGGUUUGUGGGAUGAAUUGAGGAGCGGCAACUCUUGGGAAGAAGUUGAAGAAAAAGUUUGGGGAAUUCUGAACGUGUGAGUUUCUUUUUGUAUCGCGUCUUUAUUAGUUCUUAUACAGUCAUACCUCCUUGAUACUCAGUGAAGCUUCCAUGUAUACCAUUCUUUGUAUUUUUGUUUUUACAAUGAUAAUUUAUUUUCAUACUGAUCUUGUAAUUGUGUAAAAGAUACUGCUGGAGCGCUUACUUCAUGUAUUCUGGUAUAUUUAUACAUUUUUUCAAUUGUAUAUCAACCAUUUUUGUAUAUUAAAUCAUAGAAGUUUUAUAUUA